UUGGUUGGAUCAGUCGAAGAUCUGUGAGGAAAAUACCCUUCUGGAAGCAUUUUUCAGUUGAUCCAACCACAUAUGCAUUCACUGAUAUAUAUAGAGAGAGAUCGAAGCAAGAAAAGAUGAAUAUAUUCAGAUUAGCAGGGGACAUGACCCAUUUAGCCAGUGUCCUCGUUUUGCUCCUCAAGAUCCACACUAUCAAAUCAUGUUCUGGCAUUUCCUUCAAGACCGAGGAGCUCUAUGCUACUGUUUUUGCUACUCACUAUUUGGAUAUAUUUACGGAUUAUAUCUCACUCUACUAUAAUGAAGUUAGUUUUCUUAGGGAGCUCUUUCUCAAUUGUCUGGUAUAUAAGGCACCACAAGGUGGUUCGCAGAUCUUAUGA